CAAAAACAGGUGUUUCCUACUUCGACCGCAGAUUCGUCCUGACGUAAUUUCACCCAAUCUGCGACCGGAAUCUGCAGGGGAUGCUUCUAUCGGCGGCUGCUUCUUCUGCCUCAAGCAUCCCGUUUUCUUCUUCUAACUUCAAUCUAUUUUGCUGCCCCCCCGACCUUCACAGACUCUCAUACGGCGCCGCUUCUACCUCUCUCUCCUCCACCAACAGACACCCACUAUGCAUCCUCACCACCACCAAUGCCUUCUCCUCCUCUUCUCUUUCCAGCGACACGGCCGACCUCCAAAACCCAACUCUUAACACCGAUUCUCUUCUUCGCUGCGUCCGCUUUAAUGAAUCCGAAGCCGGAGAUGUCGCCAUGGCAUCUUCUGCUUCCGCAGUUGCAGCGGCCAUACGGGAGGCCUCAACCUGCCCCGUCGAAUGCGUUCAGAAGAUCGAGAAAGAUGGAAAAAACAGAGGUCUCGUCCUUCCAAGUCCCGAUUUUCAGAGACUUUGCCUCGAGCAAAUGGACCUCUUUCGCCGAAUCAUCGAUCCCGAUGCUCUUCUUUCGGUAUACGUCAGACCAGCGGGUAGUUACGUGAUGGAUAGGUUGGAGCUUCGCCGCGUGAUAUCCCUUCCCGAAAUCAACGCAGCUGACAUCGUGAUACUUGUUAGCAAUUUCAGUAUUCCGACUGGAUUAAGAACUGCUGAAGCUGCUAUUUCAAAUCAACAGGUAGCAUUUUUACCAGAGUGCAGAGCUAUUGUUUUUCCCAUGGUGAAACAUCCAUUUGUGGUGGGUUUUCUGGUUGCUGAACUUCCAGGAGUGGAACUUGAAAGGGAGAAAAAUGAUGUUGAGUACUUGCCACCAAAAAUCGAUCCAAGGCCAUGGGGAGAACGAGGAGGUAUACAGGACGCCCAAGUUGGAAAAUUCAAAUUAACUGCCGAGCAGAGAUCAAAUGCUAUUAAUAUAACUCGCUCCCUUUCGAUGGCAUAUGUCAUGGAUCAGAAAGCAAUGUUACUGCAGCAGUCAUCGUGGCAAAAUAAUGUUAGGAUGGGCAACUUGGUUGAGCAAAUCCGUGGCCCCCUUUCUAGUAUUCGGACUUUAAGUAAACUGUUAUCUGUUCAGAUGAAAAGAAGCGAGACAUCAUAUGAUUUAUUUGAAGAUAUCUUAGUACAAGGUGAACGCAUUAGGGACACCCUUGAAGAACUCCAAGAUGCUGUUUCCCUAACAAAGGCUAACAUUAUGCGGUUCAACGAAGAGACAGUGAGGAAAAUGCAGAGCUCCUCUUAUAUUCAUCCCGAUUCAGCAAGGCCUCAGCUGUCCAAUAACAUCUCAAGUGGAACUAACGGAACAAAUUCCCUCUCAUUAUUCGUAUCCAAGGACACAGAGCUGCCCAUGCCGCCACUUCCACUUGCACCACUAAGUGAACACAGCAUCAGGCCAUGCAAUGUCUCUGAUGUGCUGGCAGAUUUAGUAGGUGCUGUAGUACCUUUGGCUCAUAAACAGAAGCGACUGGUGGAAUUGCAUGAGCUGACGGAAUCCAUUGAAGUGGCUGUGGAAGAACCUGCAUUACGUCAAGCUUUAAGCAAUCUCAUUGAAGGAGCAUUGUUACGGACUCAUGUUGGAGGAAAGGUUGCCAUUGUAUCCAGCUUAGCACCAACGGGUGGUGUUCUUGUUAUAAUUGAUGAUAAUGGACCAGAUAUGUAUUACAUGACACAGAUGCACUCUCUGACACCGUUUGGAGGGGACCUUCUCUCGGAAGAGAGGAGAAGACAACAUGACGUGGAACUUUGUAGCAGGGCUAACAGUUGCUCGGGAGAUUCUGGAAAGCUAUGGUUGUGUUGUUCGAGUAAUUUCUCCAAGAGAUGGGAAUGCUGCCUUGGGGGCUGGUGGAACACGGGUCGAGCUUUGGCUACCAUUUUUUUCGACAUAACCCGAUUUUGGCGAUUCUCUACAGAAUUUCGGAAAGUUGUCAGGUUAGAACUGUUACCUUCUCUGAACAUGGUUAUUGUGUAUAGUUAUAGAUUUUGUGUUGUUAUGAUAUAUGAAACUUGUAAAUUAUGUAACCAGCUCAUUAAGUUCAAGUGAUGUAUUAUUCAUAAAAGAAAAUGGUCUAGCCAGGUUGGAGAGUAUAUGUCUAUGCCACUUUGUAAUAAUAUAGAUACAAUGGGAUUUAUAAUGACAUUAAUAUUAUAAUAAAAUACACAUU